AUGAAUCUUGAAAACGGGCGAAUGCAUGAUCUCUUCGAUAGAGAUCAGCUUAUUGGGGAAGAUUAUCAUCAAGACUUUCAGGAAGGAUUAUAUCAGAAAGAACCGAUUGGAGUAGGGGUUAUUUUGUCAGUAGUAGCUAUUGUCAUCGCGUUGAUUUACCAAAUCCUCAUUCACCUCGAUUAUGACCUAUUGCCUCUCUCGCAGUCUGCCUGGAACGCUUUAGUAUACUUAACACCUUCUUCACUACUCAAUUUUGCCGACAACUACUCGAAUCCUCUACGAAUACGAAACCCAAAUAUGGAGUACCCACGAACACAUGCUCAGAAGAGCGAGACGAUGCGCCGUCUCUGGGGACUGGACAUCCCUGGUGGGAUUAUAGAUUCCGUCGCAAGUGCUGGUAGAAGAAGAUUAUCAACCCUUCCUCUCAUUGGCUUGGGGGUCGCGGGAGGGGAAGAUAUUCCGGCGGGGUUGGGAAAUUGGGACAACUCCUGUUAUCAAAAUAGCAUCUUACAAGGACUCGCAUCAUUAGAUUCGCUGCCGGAUUUUCUCGAAACUUUCCGAGGUGAUGAGUCGCGACGACAGGAUGGUUCAGAGCCUGGGGACAUCAAAAUGGCCAACGCCUUACAGGAAUUAAUUGCUACCCUAAAGGACCCAUCGAACAAUGGAAGGAGAAUUUGGACACCGGCAACUUUAAAGAAUAUGAGCAGCUGGCAGCAACAAGAUGCGCAAGAAUACUUUUCGGGUCUUCUUGGCGCAAUAGAUAAAGAGUAUGGGACAGUCGCAAAAUUGAGUGGGGUUUCGGGCUUGGAGCAGGUGGAAAUAUCGAAAGAUCUGGGCCAACAUCAACCACACGCUCAAGCUUUACCUCCGAGCCCUUUGACUGGACUUACCGCUACAAGAGUCGUGUGCACAAAAUGUAGCUAUUCCGAAGGCUUGAAAACAACCCCGUCCCUUUGCCAGCCUUUGAUUGUAGGAGAAGGCUGGGAAUAUGACCUCUCUCAAUUACUUCACGAAGGCACAAAGCUAGAUUUUGUUCAUGGCGUAUAUUGUGAGAGAUGCACAUUGCGAAAGAGCGAGCAGCUACUUUCUACAUUGAUGAAGCGACUUGAGGUCGAACCAGAAGAUAAUCGACUUCGCAUAAACACAGCCGAACGACUGCAAGCUGUCACUCAAGCACUAGAGGAUGAUGACUUUUCCGAAAAAACCCUCAAGGAUAAGUGCAGCAUUCCCACCGAAAACUGGGUAACGGUUACCAAAUCAAAACAGGAUAUAAUUGCUCGGCCACCCAAAUCUUUAGCCCUCCAUCUCAAUCGAAGCACUUAUGGACCCGACGGGGAGUUAAGUAAGAAGACAGCCGCCAUUCGCUUUCCUAAACAUCUCGAUCUUGGUCCAUAUUGUCUCGGUAGUGCUGGGGGGGAUGAAGAACAGGCCGGUGAGGAAUGGCUAUUAGCCCCCUAUUCCUCUAUGGUUGCGGGAAUACAACAAAAGUCCCGAGUGCAAGGGCCAUUAUACGAAUUACGAGCCGUUAUUACGCACUCCGGAAGACAUGAAAAUGGACAUUAUAUAUGCUACCGAAAACAUCCUGUACUAGACACUAAAGUUGAUGAGCAUGGCAACAAAAAAGAUCAAUGGUGGCGCUUAAGUGACGAUCAUGUCAUGAAAGUCAGUGAAGAAAACGUAUUGGCGCAAGGAGGAGUAUUUAUGCUCUUUUAUGAUCAGAUUGAAUCAGCUGUUUAUUUACCACCUGCACAAUCCAUAAUCGAUGCAUCAACACAGGAUGUAGCCAUAAAAACCCCCACGUGCACUUCUCCAAACGAAACAACAUCCCCUUUAUCUCAAGAUCUCUCCUCGACAAUGGCACUCAACAUACCUCUCCCCGAAACCGACGAUGUAGAUCUCGCACUACCAAAAUCUCCAUCAUCAAAUCUAUCAGAAGAAGACACGCAUUUUACGAACCACGAAGACCACGAUGACCGAAAACCCAACAUUUUCGAGAUCUCGGAUGGAGACGAAGAUGCAGAGCAAGGAUCAGAACAGCAAUAUAGCCCGACCAAAGCUAUAUUGAUUCCUCAACCGUAUCUCGGUGCAAGGGAAAAUGAGAGGGAGAGAGAUGGAAGUAUGGGGGGUUUGGUUAUGGUGUAA